AUGCCAGCUAUUCCACUCCCUCUUGCUCUAAUCCAACUCUGGAUAGCAGAUCCGGCGCUACCAUGGUCCAAUCCAGUAUGGCAGUCUCUGACAAACGUUUUUGGCGACCCGUGGACGUACGACCGUGGUGAGGGCACAGUAACCCAUGUCGCUGAAUGGACGAUAGGUCAGGCUCAGGCAGUCGAAACCUUCAUGAACAAUUGUAAGAUGGCCGAAGACCCUGUGGAACACUAUGCUGUGAAGUGGAAGGACAAUGACCAUGAAGGUCGUUCCUCGUGGAACGCCUGGGUUAAAACGUCAUGGGCUAAAUGGAAGAUCAAUACACUGGUUGACAAUAUCUUGCAAGAAAGCGGUUGUGAGCCACACGAUGUUAUGGCAAGGAUGAAUUGCAAGAACGCGGAUGAUUUUCCGACGAUGGAAGCUGCACAGGCGAAGCAGGCGGUUUCCGUCAAAUUGGCCGACGCAUUGUUCGGUGACGAUGCAUUCACCGACGGAUCCUUCGUUAUGCCAACUAUCAUGACGUUUAUCACCAUGGUGUUGGUAUUGACAUGGAGCAGAUAUCGGAAGGUUGUCAAAAGGCAGGCCAACAGUAUCGAGAAGAAGGCUCAGGAAGUUGAAGAGCAGUGGCUAGCCAUGACGGCUGCAAAUUCAAAACCCACAUUAGUCAGGAUUCGCGCCUACCUGAAGAAACUAGAAUCAUUGGUCACACUUCUUAGCGUAUUCAAGGACCAGGGCACGGUCGAUAAACUAAAUGCGCGUCGUGAACAAGUUGAUGCCUUGCUGGCCGCUGCCAAGAAAGACCCCACUAAGGCAGAAUCCAUAGCACGGCUACCUAAACCUCUUCGGGAGGCGCUCGACAAAUUGGCAACUGAAAAGGAGGUUAAGGAGCUUGAACUGCUGAUUGAAACUACGCUGGCUGCGAUGGUGCCCCUUGAAGGUGAUGAGGUGGUGAUAGAUUUCAAGGAUAACAUUGAUGUGAGCGACUGGAAGAGUGGUGUAGAGGAAUACGACAAGUGCAAUGAGGAUGACCUCUGGGAGCAACUGGGCUUGUCAGAGAAGAGACUCCCUUUUUUUCAGACACGAUCCGAUCCCGAUGCUACCAUUGACCCUUGGAGCGAAGAAGGUCAGCUAUGGCUUGAUGAUCCGACGAGUCCGGCUCAGAUCCUAUCGCCUCGGUGGCACCAGCUAGUCGGCAUUGUGCGGCUGAUUGACAGGGUGUUGGAAGGUGAACCGGUGAUGCUGAUGGAUGGCGUUGGCAUUGGCAAGACCAUGCAGGCUGUCGGAUUGAUCGCAUGCCUGGCGCACUACAGGGAGCAUCACAGGAAACACGGAAAGUUCCCUGGCAAAUUUGCUCAACGGUCAUACAAGAAGACUGGGGGCAACAUACCAGAUUUACCCGUUGUGAUCAUGUGUCCUCCCAACUUGCAACAUCAAUGGAUGAGUGAAAUACAACGGUAUCUAAGGCGAGCCACGUUCGACGUUCUUCCCUACGCGGGCAAAUAUACAGCACGGUCACAGUGGUGGACGAUAGCUUGGUCCAAGUGCCAGCAACCUCCAAUACGACGCAUUAUCCUGACUACGACAAAUGCGGCACACGACGAUGCAGGCACCGUUUUUAUUGAAGGCGAUAGGGACAGCUACGGGCAGCCAAUAGCUAGCCCUCGCUUUGAACGGACAAGUCCCAAUACCCUAUUCGGCCGAGAAUACAAUGUGACGCUAUUUGACGAAGCUCAUUGUGCACGCAAAUACAACAAGGUCCACACCGCAGCUCGAGGACUUCAAGAGAGGUCUCACUCAAUGGUUGCCAUGACUGCAACGCCAGUCACCACAAAACCGUCGGAUCUUUGGAUUAUGGGUCAAUUGCUUGGCCUUCAACGAUUCAAAGAUAUAACACAGCUCAAAGCUAUGAACCGAGAAUUGGCAGCGGCUCAGCGGAGGGAUCGUAAGGCGCAGAGAGAGGCGGGGGUUGAGGGAUCGAUACUGCGAGCUGUCUUUGUGGGCAAUCACAAUCCCGAGGCUGCUGAAGAAGAAUACCUGCCCGCAAUGAAACGAUGGAUGGGCCGGAUGCGAGAGUGGUUCUCCCCUGCCAUCAUUCUUCGUACCUUGGACUCCACUGACAAUACAGGCAAAAAAAUUCUAGGUCUCCCUCCAUAUCAUGACCAUAGCUUGAAAAUCAAGCUGCUUGACUGGGAGAUGGACAAUCUAAGGUGUAUUGCACGGGGAUACUUGGAUGAAUGUCCCAUAGUGGGUAUGAGCAAGAAUUUCUACGUCGAAUUUCGACGAUCUAUCCUUCAUCCGCAUAUGAACCCAACUGAGGAACGGUCUUGGACAAAACCGAAAUCCUUGGAAGAAUGGCACACCAGCCCUGAUACCAAAAGUAUGAAGUUGGACGUUCUGGCUAAACUUCUUAAGUACCAUUUGGAAUCUGACGGUCGCCAGCCAUUGAUGAUGGAUGAGAGCGGUCGCAACCUAGUUCCUAACCCGGCAUUCACGGCUGGCAAUACCAGCCCAGAUGAGCCGGACCGAAUUAUAGUAUUCUCGGCCUUCGUCACAUCUAAUCAUGCCAUUGUGGAUAUUUUAGACCUUAAUGGCAUACAUGCGCUGGAACUUAAUGGCCAGACCCCCAUGAGGAAACGCAAGGUCAUUUUGGACCAGUUUAGAUUAUCUGCACGGCCCAACGGAGCGCGCGUCUUGAUUUUGUCAGGCGUGGGGACGGUAGGCUUAAAUUUGGCCUGCAGUAAUAUAAUGAUAGUUAUGGAUACGCUUUGGUCAGAACAGGACGAUCGACAGUUACGUGGGCGGAUCUACCGUCAUCCUCAGGUCAAAGAGGUGCAUAUCUACCGAGCCAUUGCCUUGAAGACCGCAGAUGUCUUUCUCAACAACAUCUCAUUCUCGAAAGGCGCGAUGCAUGAUGAAUUUGUUGGUGCUCCCAAGGAAUUCCGAGGCAUCUUUGAUGGCGAUGGUGACGCCAUGGGAGAUUUGAUCUCUGUCGGUCUAUCAAAGUUGGAUGAUUGCCCUGAUGAUGGUGACCCUGUGGACGUCGACUUCGAACCCAUUGUAAGGAAAAAAACGAGCAAAAAGAAACCUCGUACCAAAACCACCGUCAAGACCGCAAUCCUUGCCAAAUCUGCCAUGAAGCGUAAGGGUAAGGGAAGGGAUGAAAUGUCCCUGACGGUCGACACAGAUGACGAGUCUGAGGGCACCUCGCACAAACGAUGCAAGGGCAUGCAGCCACAGCCGUCCACCAUCACAAGCAAGGAGGCGGCUGGUACAACCAGCAAAGCUAUAGUGCCGCUCCAGUUAGACGAGACUCAGUCAUCCUCCCCAUCGUCCGCACCCAAGGACAACUCGGCAGUAGUGGUGUCCAGGGAUGAUCAUGGCGAUUCAUCCCUCUCUGAGUCACUUUCUGCCUUCCAUCAGCCUUCUCCCAACCUUGAUUGCUCUCACUCUACAUCUCCAUGCUCCUACCCGCACCAUCCAUCCACCGGUCUGCAGGCGGCUGGUACAACCAGCAAAGCUAUAGUGCCGCUCCAGUUAGACGAGACUCAGUCAUCCUCCCCAUCGUCCACACCCAAGGACAACUCGGCGGUAGUAGAGUUCAAGGAUGAUCACGGCGAUUCAUCGGUCUCCGAGUCACCCUCACGCUUCCCUCAGCCUUCUCCCAACCUUUCUUCCUCUACAUCUCCACACUCCUACCCGCACCAUCUAUCCACUGGUCUCAGUCCACCUAUCGAUGCUCAGCCAGAACAACUUGCGGGCGUUCAGGGUGGCCGCUUGCGCUGCAGUGUUGAGGAGGCAUUAACUGCUCCUGACUGUGAGAUGGACUGGAAUGAUGACAGAAACCACGACUGGAAUGACGGCGGCGGCCAUGACAGCCGCUUGACUGUGGAACACGAGGAGCAACGCUCCCUGCACGUUCACCAGACCCCGUCGUUUUAUGACACCUUCACCAAGAAGAAUUCGGUUCCAAUGUCCUCUUCCUCAAGGGCAGCAGUUAGCAGGGACCUGUGCAAGUCUGACACACCUCGACCUCGACCCCGCCCUCGCCCAGUGAAAUUCAACCCUGUCUCAUUCGGCUCGGGACCUGUUCAUUCUGCUAGAUUUUCUUCCAACGAUCGCGUGCAACGGCAGCGAUCUCGCAAAUAG